AUGGAUCCCGGGCAGCCCCCGCCGCAGCCAGCCCCCCAGGGCCAGGGGCCGCCGCCCGCACAGGGCCCCCAGGGCCAGGGCCCGCCGUCCGCGCCUGGGCAGCCCGCGCCCCCGGGGCCCCCGGCGGCUCCGCAGGCCCCCCCCGCCGGCCACCAGAUCGUGCACGUCCGGGGGGACUCGGAGACCGACCUGGAGGCGCUCUUCAACGCCGUCAUGAACCCCAAGACGGCCAACGUGCCGCAGACCGUGCCCAUGAGGCUCCGGAAGCUGCCCGACUCCUUCUUCAAGCCUCCCGAGCCCAAAUCCCACUCCCGACAGGCCAGUACGGAUGCAGGCACCGCUGGAGCACUGACUCCGCAGCACGUGCGGGCUCACUCGUCCCCCGCGUCCCUGCAGCUGGGAGCUGUGUCUCCAGGGACGCUGACCCCCACGGGAGUGGUCUCCGGCCCGGCAGCCGCACCGGCUGCUCAGCACCUUCGACAGUCUUCCUUUGAGAUCCCUGACGAUGUGCCUCUGCCAGCCGGCUGGGAGAUGGCGAAGACAUCUUCUGGUCAGAGGUACUUCUUAAAUCACAUAGAUCAGACAACAACCUGGCAGGACCCCAGGAAGGCCAUGCUCUCCCAGAUGAACGUCACCGCCCCGACCAGCCCACCGGUGCAGCAGAACAUGAUGAAUUCGGCCUCGGGUCCUCUUCCUGACGGAUGGGAACAAGCCAUGACUCAGGAUGGAGAAAUAUACUAUAUAAACCACAAGAACAAGACCACCUCUUGGCUAGACCCCAGGCUUGACCCUCGUUUUGCCAUGAACCAGAGAAUCAGUCAAAGUGCUCCAGUGAAACAGCCACCCCCGCUGGCCCCCCAGAGCCCACAGGGAGGAGUCCUGGGUGGUGGCAGUUCCAACCAGCAGCAACAGAUGCGGCUGCAGCAGUUGCAGAUGGAGAAAGAAAGACUGCGACUGAAGCAGCAAGAACUGCUUCGGCAGGUGAGGCCCCAGGCAAUGCGGAAUAUCAAUCCCAGCACAGCCAAUUCUCCAAAAUGUCAGGAAUUAGCUCUCCGUAGCCAGUUACCAACACUGGAGCAGGAUGGUGGGACUCAAAAUCCAGUAUCUUCUCCUGGGAUGUCUCAGGAAUUGAGAACUAUGACGACCAAUAGCUCAGAUCCCUUUCUUAACAGUGGCACCUAUCACUCUCGCGACGAGAGCACAGACAGCGGACUGAGCAUGAGCAGCUACAGCGUCCCUCGGACCCCCGACGACUUCCUGAACAGUGUUGAUGAGAUGGAUACAGGUGACACUAUCAACCAAAGCACCCUGCCCUCCCAGCAGAACCGUUUCCCAGACUAUCUUGAAGCCAUUCCUGGGACAAACGUGGACCUCGGAACCCUGGAGGGAGAUGGGAUGAACAUAGAAGGGGAGGAGCUGAUGCCGAGCCUGCAAGAAGCGUUGAGCUCUGACAUCCUCAACGACAUGGAGUCUGUUUUGGCCGCCACCAAGCUAGAUAAAGAAAGCUUUCUUACGUGGUUAUAGAGCCCUCAGGUAGACUGAAUUCUAAAUCUGUGAAGGAUCUAAGGAGAUAAGACCUAUACCUGAAAUUUCCAGUUAAGCCAGGGGCAGUCUUCUGGCUAAUACAGAAAAAGAUGAACAAACGUCCAGCAGGAUUCUUUCAUCCACUAUUUUGCUCUUCUUGUCCAUUGCUGCUGUUAAUAUAUUGCUGACCUCUUCCAUAGUUGGCUCUAAGGAAUCAAAAAAAAACUUUUGUUUCUUUUGCUAUUAUAACUACUGUUUGUUUUGGGGGCUGGGGGGAGUGAGCCUGUUUGGAUGAUGGAUGCCAUUCCUUUUGCCCAGUUAGAUGUUCACCAAUCAUUUUAACUAAAUACUCAGACUUGGAAGUCAAAUGCUUCAUGUCACAGCAUUUAGUUUGUUCAAGCAAUUGUUCUUCAGCUGCCUUUGGCCAGUGGAAAAACAUGACUUACUGGUCUAACAAGCCAAAAAUGUUGUAUCUGAUGUUUAGUACUUAGACUGAUUUGAAGAGCUAGCUGAAACCAAGGCUGAAGACUGUUUUACUUUCAGUGGGUUUUUUUUCCUCCUAGUGCUAUCAUUAGUCACAUAGUGACCUUGAUUUUAUUUUAGGAGCUUAUAAGGCUUGAGAUAAUUUCCAUAGAAAUAUAUUAAUUAUUGCCACAUACUCUAGUAUAGAUUUUGGUGGGUUUUAUUGUGGGUUUUUUGUUUGUUUUUCUUUUUUUUGGUCUUCAUCGGGAUUUUUAUUGUCUUAGGGGUUUUGUUUUGUUUUUUUCUUUUUUCCUCAGAAUCUAAGGCAAAUUACCAUUGUAGUGCAUCUGUUUAUACUUGUAGCUUGGGACAGUUAUUAUAGUUCCUUUGGUAAAUCUACAUGUCAUGGGUUUUUUUACCAUCCUAUUUAAAUCUUGGUAAUCAGCUCUCUUUAUAUAUACCCACACACACUUAAUAAUGUUUAUAAUAGUGUGAUAGCAGAAUGUAUCUUUUUUUUUUAGUUUUCCCUACUUUCCAAUUUAUUUUAAAAUGGUAGCUAUGAAUGUAUGCAUUUAGAAUACAAGACUAGUAGUUUAUAUUUCACAAGUAGUUUAAAUCCGGUUGGGGUAGUGUGCAGUUGGUGGUGGUUUAGUGUUCUAGAAAGGGCUGUUCUUAUGGAUAGUGCCUCCAGGAGUCUUGUAUGCCCUCUGGGCACACAGUGGAUAUUAUCUGCUGAAUUUGAAAGAAGUAAACAAGAAAUGGCUUUAUUAUCCCCUUUAGCUUUGGAAGAUUACCUUUGCCUUAGUUUUGGAAGUAAAAUCUAGUAGUUUAGUUCUCUUUUAUCAUGAACACAUUAAACACUACAUUGAAAUAUUGCCUACAAAGUUGUUUUUACUUAUAAGACUUGCUCCUACUUCUGUAUGCUGAGAAUUUACCCUGGAUAGUAUAUGGGAUACUGUACGGUCAUAAGUUAGCUGGUAAAGUGAUCAGAUUAAUGUAUAUUACUAGUUGAUUUUAGCAAAGAAAUAGAGAUAAUCAUGAUUAUACUUUUAUUUUUACUGGAAGAGAUAUAACUAGAGUAUGUGUCUACAGGAAUAAUAAUGUUUUCCAAAGAGUAUUUUUAAAGGAACAAAAUGAGCAUGAAUCAACCCUUCAGUAUAAGCUAUGAAGUAAUACUUGCUUGUGAAUUACAGUGGCAUCAGCUAGCACCUCUACGAUUAAGGGUCUUUCAGUGUUUAUAGAGUAAGCCCUUAUUUUCAAGGGUUUAGAAGACAUAAAAUCUCUCUUUUCCUGGCUAAAACUGCUAUGAAAAGCCUCAGCUUAGGAAAACCUCAGGUGGGGUUGGUUUUUUUUUUUUUUUUUUUUUU